UAUGCACGAUGGUGCACGCGCGCAGCAGGUUUGUGUUCCGUGUUAGGCUGGUGCUUGACGGUCUGCCGUUCAGCUCUGUGUACAACGAAUCCCACUGUUAGGGCGGGGGGAUACAAGCAUCUCGUCAUUAUAUCCAGUAUCUCUGGUACCGUAUUGCAAAGAACAGAGCGCAUUCCUUUUUUUUUAGCCACACCAUUUGCACUAUGACCCUAACCAAUAACAUCCUUUCUCUACAGGAAACAAUGACCAAGAACAAUUUCCACGUUAGCGUUUUUAAUGUUGCUAUUUUUAAGUUUAUUAACACCAAGUGAAUAAAAAGUACUACUAAUUUAACUGCACAGCAUCACAUAUUUACCCCAUGUAGUCUUUAAUUCGCGUUGGAGACAGGACUUGGUUGAUUGACGUUAUCUAGGCAACGCUAGUUAGCUGCUAACGGUAACUAACAAUGGCUAACUGUAUGGUUUUUCACACUCAAAUAGCCUCCAUUAUGGAGGUUCUAGCGAAUUCAGCCGUGGCAGAGAUCAGUAAACUCGUAGACGACGACUAUGCAGUGUUUCGUUUGGAAAUAACGCAAAGCCAGAAAGAAAACAGGACAUUGAGGAGAAAACUACAGCUACUGGAGCUGAAGGUAGCACGGGAGCGCGCAGAGAGGACAAUGCGAGAGCGAUACAGAGGAAUUGCAAGAGGUGAAGGACAUCUCACUGGAGGCCACAGGAAUGUUGUAAAGCCAGCGGGACACAAUGGGUGGAGAAAUGACCAACCCAUAUCUAUAGAUGAGGGGAGUGGAACCUCAACCCAGCAUGUUAUCGUGAUAGAGUCUGUAGAUGCAGAGGCUGCAGGUCCUGGGGUCAAGCAGGAGAGGUCUGAAGGAGAGGACCCACGGCACAGCAGAGACAUCCAGAUUGGAGCAGCGUCUGGAGUGGCGUCCCCUGUAACCACAGAGGACCUGACCGCCGCGCCCCAGGCUAGGACCCGUUGCAGCAUCCCGGAGGUCAGUGGAAUGCUGAACGCCGCCCUCAAGUCAGAGACAGACGCCGAGACUUUAACUGUAACACACCGGCUCUUACACACAGGGUCUGACCACAGAUCAGACCCAGAGGGACUGGUGCUGGGGACACUUGUCUGUCCUCCUGCUCCUGGCUCAGAUUACUUACCAGUAUUUCAUCAGAGCCAGAGGACGGUUCAUUCCCGUGGAGAUGGUGACGUGUUAGACACUGGGGUUGAUGAUCUGUCUUGUUCUUAUGAUACAGAGAUGGUCCCUGGCAACAUAUCCUUAGGUUUAGAGACCCAGACUGAUCUGUCUAGAGGGGACUGGAACCGGUACAGUAGUAGUAUAUACUCCGAAGGGUGCCUAGAUAAGAAAGGGGAGGUUAUAGUGGUAGAUGAGGUGACUGUGAAAGUAGAGGGCGAUGCUCCUCCCACAUGGAAUGCAGAUAGUCACCUUGGAGACGGACACUCACAGGGCAGAGAUUUCUUAGAUUACAGGGGAAGCUUAGAGACAAAUCUAAAUGUCACAACCAAUUCUCCUUUACACGUGUUCAGGGAUCGCAAUCCAGUGUCCACGUCGAUGGGGCCUUCAGAUUCACACGGCCGUGUCCAUUUCGAUCAGGUAUUGAACUCAAACAGCAGGGCUAGAGCCCAGGCUCAGGGAGGAGGAGUCACAUCAGGCAAUAGUAAAGAGAAACGAUUCUUCUGCAUGUUCUGUAACAAAGGCUUCAGGUGCCUGCAGAAGGUGGAGAUCCACCAGAGGGUCCACACAGGGGAGAACCCCUUCAGUUGUACCCAGUGUGAGAAGAGGUUCUCCCGCCAGGACCACCUGAAGAGGCACCAGAUGGUCCAUACAGGGGAGAAACCGUUCAGCUGCCCCCAGUGCGAGAAGAGGUUCUCCCGCCAGGACCAGCUGAAGAUGCACCUGAAGGUCCACACGGGAGAAAGGCCGUUUGUCUGUACACACUGCGGGAAGAGGUUCUCAGAGAGGAGCUACCUCAGGAUUCACCAGCAGAAAAUGCACGCGGCCCUUGUAUAGUGACAUGUAAUCAGGAUUGAAAGUAAGACGGUCCUGACCGCAUCCCAGCAAAAUAAAUAGUGGGGUUACGCCGUACCGGUAAAACAUGAGCCUAUCACAAUAAUUAAAACAAAAUGUAAAAAAAAACUUUAGACUCUUAUACCUUUAUUUUUCAUUAGGCUACCGCAUAUCAGAGGCAUGAACAAUUUGCGAAUGGACUUGAAAACAAGUGGUAUAACAAAAUGCAAUGUGGUUCGACGAGAGCACUAGCAUAUUUCCAUGGCAGAGAUGAAUGGCUGACACAGAGACUUGUGUGGACAGUAGUAUAAAUUCUUGCCUAAUGAAAAUCGUCAAAAUGUUAUUACACUUUGUGGUGGUUUGUGUGACAGAUGUCUCUUUCCAUUUCCAUGUUUGGAGGCUGGAAAUACUGUGUCUUCAGAAAUGAUUCAUACCCCUUGACUUGUUCCACAUUUUGUUGUGUUACAGCCUGAAUUCAAAUGUCUCUCACCCAUCGCAACAUGUUUUUAGAACUGUUUGCAAAUUUGUUGAAAAUGGAAUACAGUUAUCUAAUUUACGAACAAUUCACAAUCCUGAGUCAAGUUGGUUGUUGAUUAUUGCUAGACAGCCAUUUUCAUCUCUUGCCAUAGAUUUUGAAGCUGAUUUAAGUCAAGACAUUUGUUGUCUUGGUAAGUGUAUAUUUUGCCUUAUGAUUUAGGUUAUUGUCCUGCUGAAAGGUGAAUUAAUUUCCCGGUGUCUGGAGGAAAGCAUACUGUACCAGGUUUUCCUCUAGGAUUUUGCUUGUACUUAACUCUUAACUUCCAUUUCUCUUUUAUCCUGAAAAACACCACAGUUCUUAACCAUUACAAGCAUACCCAUAACAUGAUGCAUCCACCACUAUCUUUGAAAAUAUGGUGAGUGGUACUCAGUAAUGUGUUGUAUUGGAUUUGCCCCAAACAUAACACUUUCUAUUCAGGGCAAAAAGUUAAUUUCUUUACCACAUUUUUUACCGUAUUACUUUAGUGCCUUGUUGCAAACAGGAUGCAUGUAUUGGAAUUGUGUUAUUCUGUAGAGGCUUCCUUAUUUUCACUCUGUCAAUUAGGUUAGUAUUGUGGAGUAUCUACAACUUUCUUGAGCCAUCCUCAAUUUUCUCCUGUCACAGCCAUUAAACUCUAACUAUUAAAGCCGCCACUGGCCUCAUGAUUGAAU